AUGAAGAAGCCAGCGGCAGCUCCAAGCCUCUCAACAAGGCGGCCUGGCAGACAACACAAGCAAGAUGAGAGUCUCAUCAACAACAUAUAUCUCCACGGCAUACAUGGAGCGCCAACAGGUGUCAUGAGGCCAGCGGACAAGAUACCUCUGACAGAAGAGUGCAAGCAUUACUCCUCAUAUGAUGAGAUGCCAGAGAAACUACAAAAAUACUGGCACCAGCGCAACACACUAUGGCAGUACGACAACUACGACAUACGAAUGACAGACGACGCCUGGUUCGGCGUCACCCCAGAGCCCAUAGCGGUUGAGAUUGCAACCGAGAUGGCAGCCAAGCACGCCCGGCGCGAGCACAAGCCCAGCGUUCUGGUCGACCUCUUCGCCGGCGCGGGCGGCAACACGAUCCAGUUCGCGCUGUCGGGCGAGUGGGACCGCGUCAUCGCCGUCGAGCGCCACGCCGCCACACUCGCCUGCGCCCAGCACAACGCCGAGGUCUACGAGGUCGCCGAGUACGUCACCUUUGUGCACGCGGACUGCUUCGACUUCCUCAACCGCCUGCUCAACCGGCCCGACACCCUGGACGACGCGCUGAACGUGCACCUGGGCCUGGGUGGUGGCGAUGGCCGUGGUGGUGGUGGUGGCCGCGGAGGGUCGGCAGCCGCGACGCUCGCCCGCGGGGUCGAGGUCUUCGCGAGCCCGCCCUGGGGUGGCGUGGGCUACCAGCAGGCUGACGUCUUCGACCUGGAGGCGAUGGAGCCCUACUCCCUGGCGCACAUCAGCUCUUCGUGCCGCCCCAUGGCACACGCGCUGUUCCUGCCCCGGAACGGGGACCUCCGGCAGCUUGCGAGCCUGGUCCCGGACGAUGCGGCGGAGAGGCUAGACGUGGUCCAGUAUUGUGUCAAGGGCGCGGCCAAGGGCCUGGUCGCUUACUUUCCGCCUGGAAACGAGGGCCAUGUCCUCGAAAGAGCGGGUUGA